AUGGACAUCGUCUUGAGCUCGAUCAGCUUCAGCAGCCUCACGCGGAACAAGAAACCUUUGGAUCCCGCGGACAUCGGACCUGGCGGCAUCUACCACGAGAAACAGGCUGGACUGCUGUGUGCCAUGCAUACCAUCAACAACGUGAUCCAAGAGAACCGGAUCAGCGAGGAGAUUCUCCGUAAAACUGCCAAACAGUUGGACAAGGCCGCGCACCGCUUGACGGGUGGUCGCAGCACGGACUACCGCAACUAUCGCGAGGAUGGUUUCUACAACGCCUUGGUGGUGCAAGCCGUCUUCAGUGGUUUGGGUUUCCACGUGCAGUCGGCGCGUGCCAGUAUGCUGCACCUCGAAGACGAGAUGGCGGUCUUGGCCAACAAAGCGCGGCACUGGUUCGGCUGUCGAAGGUUAGGCGAUGGUUGGUUUGAUCUCAACAGUUGUCUGAGCAAACCAGAGUACUACGAGGAACACGAAUUCCAGGAAUUCCUGGUUUCGGCGGAAGACCAGGGCUAUCGCCUCUUUGUCGUGCGAGGUGAUUGGCCCCCAACGGCCUUGGAGGAGGACCCCUCUGCCCUUACGGACGCCAAGCGCGGCUGCAUGCGACCCAUGGGAUAUGGACGCAGUACGAUCCUCUGCGCGCCGGGUCUGGACCAGAUGGUCGAUGAGAACAUGAAACGCAGCAGGGAUCCUCAAAUUCCCUUCUGGCUUGGCUUCUCUGCCCACUGGUUCUCUCCCACGCGCUUCCAGCAUCACCCUGCGGGGUCAGCAGAAGACUGGCAGGCUGCAGAGCUCGGCUGGCGAAGGAAGAGGGUCACGGUGAAAAAGAAGUCUAAGAACCACGCGACCCUCCAGGAAGCCAAAGUAGAUGGCCAGAUGUCUGAAGGAAAGAAGGAGAUGUCAGCCAACAUCAUGGAGGUCUUGCAAGAGGAGGACAUCGAGGAGUGGUUUGAAGAGGAGAUCGAGGACACAGAGAUAGCACUUGAAGACGAGCUAGCAGCACGGCCCGUCUUUGUGCUUGUGCAAGUGACUUUGAUCGUGUUGUUUUGGCUCAUCGCCUCUUGUAUUGAGCCGGGUGAGCACGGCUGGCUCUUCACAGUGGGCGGCUUCGAAAAUCUCUUGCCCGGGCAGACGCUCUGUCAGGCGUACUCGGAUUGCAAGGACCUUCGCUUUCAAGCGUGGCGCUGGUGGUCCUAUCAGCUGACCCACACCGGGGUGUCCCAUGUGGGAACGAAUAGCUUCAUCCUGCUGUUGUGUGGGCUACCUUUGGAGCAAUUUCAAGGGAGCCUUCGGACUUUUCUCUUGUACAAUGCUGGCAUCUUUACAGGUGGCAUCUUUAACCUGGCGUGGAAUCCCCACAGCCAGCUGGCGGGCUGCUCUGCGGGGAACUACGCCCUGAUCUUCGCCCACUUCGCUGAGCUCGGCAUGAAUUGGAAGCAGAGCAGAUAUCGCUGGGCCAAAUUCUUCACGUUGCUCCUGCUGGUGAUCUUCGACAUUCUGCAGUUCACCCUUACGGCCGAUUUUCUGGGGUUUGGUAUUGGUGCCGUGAGUCACAUGGCCCGCAUUGGUGGGGCGCUCACCGGACUGCUGAUAGGUGUCUGCUUGACUCGAAAUCUGGUGAUGAAACGAUGGGAGCGCAUUGGACAGCUGAUGGCAUUCCUGGCCUUUCUCAUCAUCUUAGGGAUUCACUUUGGGCUCUUGUCUCCUUGGCCCCCGCGCGAAAUCUACAACCCGACACCCUGGUGCUGGGCGAGACAGGUCUUCAACCAGACCUUGUGGAACGACGGCGAGUACCACUGCGUCCGGUGCGCUGAUGAUGCCUGCAUUGCGCGAUGGUCGGCACAGAGAUGGGUUGCUAAGGUGAACUGGCAGAUCUGUGAGUACCAGCGAGGAUGGAACUGA